GAAUAUGAUAGAGGGAAGAAGAAGAAGAUAAGGAUGAAAGAGGAGAUGUAUGCAGGGCCGAACCCGUUCCAGUUGUUUCCGUCGAAGAAACAACAUACAGAUACAAAGAAGAAAUGGACGCAACGCAUGAAUACUGCAAAGACAGGCUUCCGGAUAUGAUGAAUAAUGUAAGGCAGUUUUUCAUCGCAGACAGCUUUCGGGAGCAAACAAAAAGAUAAAGCAAAAAAAAUAGAAUAAAAAACGGAAAGCAGUUCAUUCAGGGAAUCAGAAAACGUCACGUAGUUGAAGACGUUGGGGUAUAAAAACUAACUCCCUCCCUCCACCACAAUCUUCGAGAGGGUCACUUCAAUAUUAUCCAACCAUGAGCUCGUUUUUGUUUCCUUCUUCUUCUCCGAUUCCCAAAUCUCACUGGCGCGCGAACUCCAUCCCUAAACCUAAUCGCCCGAUUACACUCUCUCUUCUUCAUGGAAACUCCUAUUCGUGGAGGUUAUCUUGUAAACUCAGUCUCGAUUAUUUCGAGGAAAGCGUGGAGGAAGAUGAAAUCCCUCAGUUUCUCGACUUCUCUGCGGAGGGGGAGGAGCCAGAUUUGGAGAAAGAAACGGUUUCUGCUCCAACUAUGACGCUGAUGCAGAGGAAGAAGAAGAAAGGAGAUGAAGAGAGCUUAGAAGAUAGAUUCAAGCUCAGAAAUGGAAAGGAGGUGUUUGAGGAGAAGGCGUAUCUAGUGGGAGUUGAAAGAAAGGGUGACGGAGAGUGUUUGUUUGAUAUAGAGGAGUCUCUUGAGGAGCUGGAACAGCUUGCGGAUACUGCUGGCCUUAUGGUCGUUGGUUCUACCUAUCAAAAGCUAGCUUCCCCAAAUCCUAGAACUUACAUUGGAUCCGGAAAGGUCUCUGAGAUCAAAAGCGCUAUUAAUGCACUCGACGUUGAGACUGUGAUAUUUGACGAUGAGCUUUCACCAGGGCAGUUGCGUAACCUGGAAAAGGCCUUUGGUGGGGAUGUUCGAGUUUGUGACCGCACCGCCCUUAUCUUGGAUAUUUUCAACCAAAGGGCCGCAACCCACGAAGCAGCCUUGCAGGUUGCUCUAGCACAGAUGGAGUACCAAUUACCACGACUAACUAGAAUGUGGACUCAUCUUGAGCGUCAAUCAGGUGGUCAAGUUAAGGGUAUGGGAGAAAAACAAAUUGAAGUUGACAAGCGUAUUUUGCGUACUCAAAUUGGAGUUCUCAAAAAAGAGUUGGAAUCUGUUAGAAAGCAUCGGAAGCAGUAUCGAACCAGGCGUGUUGCUAUACCUGUUCCUGUUGUAUCUUUGGUUGGUUACACAAACGCUGGAAAGAGUACACUUUUGAACCAAUUGACUGGUGCUAAUGUUCUCGCUGAAAAUCGUUUGUUUGCGACCCUUGAUCCAACUACCAGAAGGGUUCAGAUGCACAACGGGAAGGAGUUUCUUCUCACAGAUACUGUUGGUUUUAUUCAAAAGUUACCAACCACCUUGGUUGCUGCUUUCAGAGCAACACUCGAAGAGAUAUCAGAGUCGUCCCUUUUGGUGCAUGUUGUUGACAUCAGCCACCCACUGGCAAAUCAACAAAUAGAAGCUGUAGAAAAGGUCAUGUCUGAACUCGAUGUUUCAUCAAUCCCAAAAUUGGUUGUGUGGAAUAAGGUUGAUAGAGUGGAUGAUCCUCAAAAGGUCAAGCUGGAAGCAGAGGAACAUGGGGAUGUAAUUUGUAUAUCUGCUCUGACUGGAGAAGGACUAGACAAAUUCUGCAAUGCUGUUCAUGAAAAGCUCAAGGAUUCAAUGGUUUGGGUUGAAGCCCUUUUGCCAUUUGAUAAAGGGGACCUUCUAAGCACCAUACACAAGGUUGGAAUGGUGAAAGAAACUGAAUACACAGAGAACGGGACGCUUAUCAGAGCACAUGUUCCACUUCGUUUUGCACAGUUGCUUAAACCUAUGAGACACUUGGUCAAAGAAGCGUCUUAUGCAAAGAAGGGUGAAAUAGAAUCAUAGAAACAACCUGAAGGCCUGUCUUUUCCUCGGAAUUGCAGACCACAUGUGGUUGGCGAAAAGCACGGGAAAGGACAAGAAGUUCUAACAACAUCGUGAACAUAAACCAGAAUGAAUGACAUCAGUAAGGAAUAUUCGUCAAUCAAACAGAAUGUGGAUAUACACAAGCAAGAUAAGCUUGAACCCUACUUGACAUCGUGAUUUACUUACUAUUGAACCCUUUUAUUGUACAGAGAGCAUCCUGUUGGAAACAUACUAUUUCGAUUUUCGAUA